AUGAGAGGACGAGGACGUGGAUCUUCAUCACAGGGUCAAGGAGACCAUGGCAGGGGUAGUAUCCACACAACUGAAUCAGAAAAUGUCAAUCAAGAUUUGGUACAACACACUGCUUUGAUUCUUAGACCAGACCAGGGUGAGAGAUCCACACCGGGUGCUGCAUCAUCCACUCCUGCUUCAGUGCACACAUCUGCUACUGCCUCUGCUCCCAUAGGUUUGCCACCUAUUACAUCUACGGCUACAUCUGCAUCUGCAUCUGCUUCUGCUAGUUGUGGACCUAUAGGGCUCAGACCACAUAUUUCCUUAGCAAACUCACCUUCUGAUCCGAUUGCUAGGCGGAUUAUCUUGAUCUUCAAGGAAAAGUUAGUAGCAGAUGACUUUUGUUGGAAAAAUGUACCAGAAGAGGUUAAAGAAUUCUAUUGGCAAGAAUUUAAGGAGGCAAUAGAACAACUUAUGAAGAUAGCUUGGAGAAAGAAAGCUGUUGAGUGCUAUUGUAGCCUUAUGUGUAGCAUAAGGAAUGGGAAGGAGAAGAGGCUAUCACUGACGGAAGGAGUAAUGGAUGCAUGGCAAUCCGCUUGGGGAGCAACUGAGUAUCAAAACAAAUGCAAAAAAUUCUCAAAUAAUAGAAAGAGUGAAACAGGUGGACAAGGCGCUGGCCCAUCAAGACAUUGUGGAGGAUCCAUAUCUCAGUAUAGGCAUCAACAACAGAUGCAUGAAAGGCUAGACAGAGAUCCUUUACCUCAUGAGUUAUUUGAGGCUACUCAUAAGAAGAAGGGUACCUCAGAGUUUGUUGAUGCACGCUCAAAAUCCUUUCAUGACCGCUUUCUGACUUUGAAAGAGCAAGCAUCACAGACAGAUAAUGACAGUACUGCAGCAUUUCGCAUUGAUGAGGCUCAGUUAUACUUUGAGGCAGUAGCCUUCACAUCAGCUCAGCAAAAUCAGGAUCUUCAAGAUGAAAUGGCUGAUCUCAGACGCAAGCUACAGGAGCGUGAGGAUAAUGAACAUUUAUUGCGUGAGCAAAACGUGCGGAUUUCCUCUGAGCUCUCACAGGUGAAGGAUUUACUUAUGCAGCUCGUGAGUCAAAGACAAAGCAGCCAGCCAUCAGCUCCUGGUGAGGGAACUUCUGCACAGCCUCCUGAUCAACCAAAUGAAGCUAAUGAUGAGGACGAGGAUGAGAAAAAUACACAUUUGUAG